UCAGCUCCGAUUUCUGGGAGGAAUGAAUCUGAGCUGCAGAGUAGCAAGGGUUGAGGUUGGGCGUAAACCCAAAUCAUGGCUCUUCAAAAGUAUCUCAAAACCCUCAAAACCCUCAAGAGAAGUCAUCGUCCCAACUUCUGCCCUGAACCCCACCAAGUCAUUACAGAAAUCAUCUCACAAACCCUAAACUCCUCAGCUCCCAAACCCCUAACCACCACAGAUACUGCUUACUUCCUGUCAUGUCUCAGCCCCAUCACACUCCUCCACAUUAUCACGGACCCAGAGCUCAAAUCCUCAAAAUGCUUACGUUUCUUUAACUUUCUCCUCCGGAACCAAUCUCUCGUAUCCUUCGAGCCUGACCUGCAAGCCUACUUGACCCUAAUUUGCAGGCUUCUCAGAGAGAGAAGGUUCUCGGAUGCUGAGAAAACCAUAAAAUCCGUCUCGGUUGGCGAACACCCCAGGUACCCAUUUUCUGUACUUGCUCCUACGGUUUGGAAUUGCUGCAGUGACCCCAAAGUGCUGACAAAAUUUUUCAAUUCUGUGCUUAAUAUUUAUUCUGAUUGUAACAUGUUCGACGGAGUUUCGGAAGUUUUUGAAUAUAUGAAGAAUAAUGGAAUUGGGAUGGACGAGAGGACUUGUACUGUACAUUUGCUUGCCCUCAGAAGGUCUGGUCAUAUGCAACUGGCUUUAGACUUCUUUUAUCGAAUGGUGGAGUCGGGCAUUGAGGUUUCCGUGUUUUCUUUGACAGUCGUGGUGGAGUGCUUGUAUAGGGGUGGAGAGGUCAAGAGGGGUAGGGAAUUGGUGGAGGAGAUGAUUGGUAGAGGAAUCAAACCAAAUAUUAUAACAUUCAAUAUAAUGGCAGAUGCUUGUGCCAAGGCACGGAAUUCUGGGGAGUUGGAUAUGGUUUUGCUUUUGAUGGACAAGGAAGGAUUGGCAUUCAAUGAUCGUACAUACAAAAUAUUGAUAGAUGGAUUUACGAGUUUUGGGAAGGUUGACGAAGCUAAAAAGUUGGUAUUUGAUAUGCAUGACAAAGGUUUAGUAGUGUAUGCGUUUUUGUGCAAUUUGAUUAUUCGUGGCUAUUGUAGAUUAGGAUAUAUGGACGGUGCAGUUUUCAUGUUUGAUGAAAUGACGAAAAGAAGCAUCCUUCCUAAUGCCGAUACUUACCGGGCUUUGAUAAGCGGUCUUUGCAAGGCUGAAGAAAUGGGAAUGGCAAUGGCAUAUGUAAACGACAUGCAUACCAAAGGAAUAGAACUGGACAGUAUCAUGUUUAACACUCUAAUCGAUGGUUUUUGCAACCGAGGGAUGGUUGAUGAAGCUUUUGAGUUGCAAGUUUUGAUGGAGAAGAAAGGAUUUAUUGCUGAUUUAUGUACGUGUGACAAGUUACUGAGUGGAUUAUGUGAGAUGAAUCGGAUUGAAAAAGCUAAGAGGUUGCUGAACAUGAUGGAUAAAAGGGGUGCAACCCCAAAAAUUUUGAGGUCCACGGCUUGAACUAAUGUAUGAAGUAGACCAAGACCGACUCAAUGAUUAGAUAAUCACUAGUCGUGAACCUGCGCAAUUAUAUGUAACGAAGUUAGGAUACCUUCAAUUAAUACUAUAGAUUACCAAUUGUAAA